AUAAAAAAAAGAGCUAGUGCUAAAUUAUUUAUUUAUGAGUUAACGUUGAAAUAUAAUGUGGAAUUAAAAUUGUGUGCGUGUUCCUCAUUAAAAAGUUUACUUUUAAAAGUUGAGAAGACGGCCAUUUUUAUUGAAAUGGAAUAGACGCCCUUCAAGGAAGUCGACGAGUAACGACGAAAGACGCAAUAAGCCGAAUUAUAACGACGGAAGAUUUACAUAAGCUAGUGUUUGAACAAGACGGCGAUAGAAAUAAUCGAAAAAGAUUGCGCGAUUUUAGAGGAUUUGAGUUUGGUCAAGAUUCCGACGAAUUUAAUGACAAGUUAGUGUUUGCAGCAAGGCUUUCCAUAGCUGAGUUAACGUCAAUUUGUAACAUUCUUGGACUGGACUAUACAGGAGAUAAGGAAGCAUUGUGAGUUCGCAUAAUAAAUAGUCUCACGGAUUUAAAUUCCCUUGUUCGUAAUGACGAUGCAGAAGAAGACGAAAGUAGUAAUGAUGACGGAGACAAUGAUGAGGAAAAUAAUGAUGACGAAAACAACGAUGACGGAAAUAAUGAUGGCGUAAACAAUGGUGGUAGAAAUGGUGAAGUCGUCGACAAUGACGAAAAUGAGGUAGAUGAGGUUAAUCGAAGGAUGCAAAAUCGAAGACGAAACGAAGACGACUCAAAUGUUAAAUUUACUAUGAGUUUUAAAGACGUAGAGGAAUCUAUUCGACCAUUUAAUGGCAGUGACAGUUACUCCAUCGAGCGCUGGAUUUUGGAUUUUGAGGACGCAGCGGGAAUGUUCAAGUGGAUUGAUUUGCAGAAGGUUGUUUUCGCAAAAAAAUCGUUGGAAGGUUUAGCGAAACUUUUUGUUCAAGGUGAAAAUGGUUUGAAGUCCUGGAAAAAAUUAAAAGACGCACUCUUAGAAGAAUUUCCAGUGAAAAUUACCAGUAUUCAACUACAUAAGAUGUUAGAACAACGAAAAAUACGUAAAAGUGAAUCAGUGCAGGAAUAUUUCUUAGUUAUGAAGGAACUUGCUUCAAGGGGAAGUAUUGAACUCGAAGCUUUAUUCGAGUAUGUUAUAUCCGGACUGUGUGACGAUUCCAAUACGACGAUUAUUCUUCGUGGAGCAAAAACGAUUCGUGAUUUUAAAGAAAAGCUGAAAAUUUAUGAAACAAUACGGACUGAUAAUGAGCGAAAUGUGAAUGUCGCUGAGAAGGAAAAGUUCGAGUCGAAGAAGAAGACGUCAGAUUUUAAGAAGUAUCCAUCUGGAGCAGCCUCAUCGCAGAAGACGAAGCCUGCCUCAGGAGAAGUUCGAUGUUACAACUGCGGCGUUGUGGGUCAUCGAUCAAAGGACUGUGGUAACAAAUCUUUAGGGAGAAAAUGUUUUAAAUGUAAUCAAUUUGGUCAUGUCGCAUCGCAGUGUUCUCAGGUAAGGUCGUCCAAUUCAAAUGUAAAUAUUAUUAAUUGCUCGACGAAUGACGUAUUUAAAGAUGUUUUAAUUGAAAAUGUUACAGUAAGCGCUUUCUUCGAUACAGGUAGUAACAUAAGUAUGAUUCGUGAAGAUGUUGUCAAUUCGAUCCCAAUUCGAGAUAUUCAUAAAUUGAAACACACUGUGACUGGAUUUGGCAAAGGAGAAACUACCGCUAUGGGUUAUGUUCAGACUGUUGUAUACAUCGACGAUUCAGAUUUUCCGAUGACAUUGUACAUUGUUCCAUCCGACGCCAUGGAAAUGAAAGUAGUUAUAGGACAAGAUAUCUUUCAACUAGCAGAACUUAAAUUUGAUGGAAGCAGCGUUAAUAUUACUAAAAAAUCACCAACUGCUUUUUUAGCCGACAUAACUGUAAAUGAGACGACGCAAAAUAAUAUUGGACCUGUUUCCGAUAAGAUUAAUCUUAAGAAGGUAGAAUCUUUAAUUUCUAAUUAUAAACCAAAUAAGAGUAAGUCGACAAAUAUUAAUAUGAAAAUAAUUUUAAAAGAAAUUAAGACUAUUUUUCAGAGAGCACGACGAUUACCUUUGUCCGAGCAGGAAGUUGUUAGAGAUCAAAUUCUUGAAUGGAUUAAAUUAGGAAUAAUAGAGCCGUGUUCAGCAGAGUUCGCGAGUCCUAUUGUCUUAGUUCGCAAAAAAGAUGGAACGUAUCGCAACUCUCCUGCCGUUUUCCAAAGAUUUGUAAACGAGAUUUUUCGACCAUUAGUAAAAGAGGAAAUAUUGCAGAUUUAUUUUGACGAUAUAAUUAUUCUUGCUAGUACAGAAGAUGAAGCUGUUGAAAGACUAGAAACGGUAAUGCAACAUGCUAGCGAGUACGGUCUUGAAAUCAAUUUUAAGAAAUGUCAAUUUUUAAAGAUGCGCGUCGAAUAUUUAGGCCAGAUAGUUGAAGAUGGGAAAGUUUACCCUUCUCCAAAUAAAGUUAAAGCUGUUGUAAAUUAUCCGGAACCAAAGUCGCUUAAAGAUAUUCAAAGUUUUCUCGGGUUAACCGGUUAUUUCCGGAAGUUUAUCGAAAAUUACAGUUUUAUUGCUAGGCCAUUGAGUGAUCUUUUGCGUAAAGAUAAAGAGUUUUCUUUUAAUACGAACAAACGAAAUUGUAACAGGAAGUAUUUUUGUGUCUCCUUAUUUAUAAAAUUAUUUAGUGUCGAUUGAAUUAUUUUAUUGAACCUCUAAUAGAU